AUGCGCCGGCUUUUCAGGUUAUCCGCGCUGCUGACGGCGCCUUGGGUUCUCCUCUCCCUCGCCUCCGCCGCAGAGCUCCCCCUCACCCGCCGCGAUCUUCAACCUUUACCGCUCACCGUCCACGACCGGUACAUCGUCGACUCCAAGAACGCGACCGUCGCCAUGGUCGGCGUCAACUGGGCAGGCCACGAGCGCGCCAUGAUCCCGGAGGGCCUGCAGUACCAGUCCGUCGAGCACAUCGUGCGCCGCAUCGCCGAGACGGGCUUCAACUCGGUCCGCCUGACCUUUGCGAGCGAGAUGGUGGACGACAUCGUCGAGCGAGGCGGCGACGUCACGCUGAAGGCGACGCUGCAGAACGCCCUCGGCCCGGAGAACGGCACCGCCGUCAUGGGGCAGAUCAUCAGGAACAACCCGGCCUUUGGCGAGGGCACGAAGCGGCUCGAGGUCUGGGACGCCGUCGCCGCGGAGCUCGCCCGCCAGAAGCUGUACCUCCACCUCGACAACCAUGUGUCCAAGGCCGGAUGGUGCUGUAACCCCUACGACGGGAACGGCUGGUUCGGUGACACCAACUUUAACACGUCCAACUGGGUUCGGAGUUUGUCGUUUAUGGCUGAACACGGCAAAGCCGCCAACUGGCCGUCCUUCUCCAGCAUCGGCCUCCGCAACGAGCUGCGCGACCCCUUCUCCGGCUCCCCGCCCGCGAGCCUCGAGAACACGACGUGGACGACGUGGAAGACGCGCAUGGUCCAGGCCGCCAACGCCGUCCACGCCGCCAACCCGGACCUGCUCAUCUUCUUCAGCGGCCGCAUCUUCGACUUUGACAUCUCGGCCCCCGUCCAGGGCCGCUUCGGCAGCGAGCCCGGCUUCGGCUUCGCCCUCGCCGAGCUGCCCUUCCGCCACAAGUUCGUCUUCGAGCAGCACCAGUACGACCAGGGCCUCGUCGACGACGCCUGCGCCAACUACCGCGACAUCCUGACGGCCUUCGGGUCCAACGCCAUGACCAUCGCCGACGCGGGCUCGAACCGCGCGCCCUUGGUCAUGUCGGAAUGGGGCCACGACCAGGCCGACGAGGGCGGCAUGUUCAAGGACAAGUUCCGCCGGUGCCUCAUGGACUUCAUGGUCGACCAGCAGAUGAGCUGGAUGGUCUGGGUCAUGGGCGGGAGCUAUUACACGCGCGAGGGCGUGCAGGACAGGGACGAGCCUUGGGGCCUGCUCGACCACACCUGGAGUUCGUACCGCGGUAAAGACUCUAUCAAGCAGCUCCAACACGACAUGCAGAGGACGUACGAGGCCUUCCACCAGAACAUGCCGGCAGCGGCCAAGAGCCCGGAAAACCGGCCAAAGAACGCCGCGCCGGGGGUCUCGCAGCACUUGUCAUCGGCUUUGGUACUGAGCACAACCGCUGCCGUGGUCUUGAUGGGGGUGUAUGGAGUGUAA